AUGCAUCGUAGCAAUUCCUUCAACCACCCAUACGCAGGGUCGAGGUACAGCCAUGGCACGAGCAGUGCUUUCAGCGCUAAUGCCAACCCCAAUGAAGACUGGACCAAGAUCUCCGACCUAGCAGAGCGGCGUCGCAUCCAGAACCGCAUCGCCCAGCGGAAUUACCGCAAGAAGUUGAAGCGUCGCCUUGAGGAUCUCGAGCGGCGAGCAGCAUCCUCCUCCGCGUCGCCAGAGCAGUCUCCUGUCGAGCCGGCCCGGACGAAGCCAGAGGCGACCAAGUCACAAUCUCGCUCUCAAAGCAGCUCUUCGCGCUCCAAGCAGGCUCCGCCAAGCAGUUGGAGCUCUCCCCAGGCCGGCGUUCUCUCCACUGAGGUCUACACUCCCAGUCAAGACGAGCGCGGGACCAUGUUCGCGCAACAGUCGACUCGUCAACUGUCGACGUCACCUCCGCCGCUCUUCUACUCUACGUAUCCGUAUCACGACUCGUAUGGCCACCAGGCAUACCCGUCGCCGCCUCCUCUGCCGCAGCAUUUCCCCAGCUACAACUCGCUACCGUCCGCUCAGUACGGUGACCUCUCGGUACCGACUCAGUAUCUCGAGACUCUGCCGUCGCCCCUUCAGCCGCUGCCGUCCUCAACCCCGGCGGCGAAACGAGGGAACGCGUUUGGCGAGGAGGAUAUGCUCAAUCCGUUUAGCAUGAGCUAUGCUUCCAUGGCGGGGAUCGACCUGUCGACGGCGACAGCGCCGCAUGAAGACCCUCAUCUGCAGGUAAACCCAUCUCUUCAAGAGUCUGUCAUACUGCAGCAUCUUCCUCCUGACGUCCUGCGCGAUUAUGCGUCUCGUUGCUCAGUUCUGACAUCUUCAGAGGCUGACGAUCGAGUCCAACAGACCCCGCCACUUGCCGAUUCCUACGCCUACGAUGAUUCCCGGUCAGCAUCCCCGGCGGGAUCCUUGAGCGCGUACCCGGUGACGCCGGAGCCAGUGUCACUGUCGCCCCACAUAUCAUUUAUGUAG